ACAAUUUGGGAACUGGUGGUGGAACAAUUUGAGGAUUUACUGGUGCGGAUCCUGCUGCUGGCCGCCUGCAUCUCCUUCGUGCUGGCGUGGUUUGAGGAGGGGGAGGAGACCAUCACGGCGUUCGUGGAGCCCUUCGUCAUCCUCCUCAUCCUCGUGGCCAACGCCGUGGUGGGCGUGUGGCAGGAGCGGAACGCGGAGAACGCCAUCGAGGCGCUGAAGGAGUACGAGCCGGAGAUGGGGAAGGUUUACCGCGCCGACCGCAAAGCCGUGCAGCGCAUCAAGGCGCGGGACCUCGUCCCCGGGGACAUCGCCGAGGUGGCCGUGGGAGACAAAGUCCCGGCCGACAUCCGCAUCAUCUCCAUCAAGUCGACGACGCUGCGGGUCGACCAGUCCAUCCUCACUGGGGAGUCGGUGUCGGUGAUCAAACACACGGAGCCCGUCCCCGACCCCCGCGCCGUCAACCAGGACAAGAAGAACAUGCUCUUCUCCGGCACCAACAUCGGCGCGGGCAAAGCGGUCGGCAUCGUGGUGGCCACGGGGGUCAACACGGAAAUCGGGAAGAUCCGCGACGAGAUGGCGGCCACCGAGCAGGACAAGACGCCGCUGCAGCAGAAGCUGGACGAGUUCGGGGAGCAGCUCUCCAAAGUCAUCUCCCUCAUCUGCGUCGCCGUCUGGCUCAUUAACAUCGGCCACUUUAACGACCCCGUCCACGGCGGCUCCUGGAUCCGCGGCGCCAUCUACUACUUCAAGAUCGCCGUCGCCUUGGCCGUCGCCGCCAUCCCCGAAGGGCUCCCGGCCGUCAUCACCACCUGCCUGGCGCUGGGCACCCGGCGCAUGGCCAAGAAGAACGCCAUCGUCAGGAGCCUGCCCUCGGUGGAGACCCUGGGCUGCACCUCCGUCAUCUGCUCCGACAAGACCGGCACCCUCACCACCAACCAGAUGUCCGUCUGCAAGAUGUUCGUCGUGGAGAAGGUGGAGGGCGACGUCUGCUCCCUCAACGAGUUCUCCAUCACCGGCUCCACCUACGCCCCCGAGGGAGACGUCCUGAAACAGGAGAAACACGUGAAAGCCGGGCAGUACGACGGGCUGGUGGAGCUGGCCACCAUCUGCGCCCUCUGCAACGAUUCCUCCCUCGACUACAACGAGGCCAAGGGCGUCUACGAGAAGGUGGGCGAGGCGACGGAGACGGCCCUCACCUGCUUGGUGGAGAAGAUGAACGUCUUCAACACCGACGUCCGCAGCCUCUCCAAGGUGGAGCGGGCCAACGCCUGCAAUUCCGUCAUCAAGCAGCUGAUGAAGAAGGAGUUCACCUUGGAGUUCUCCCGCGACCGCAAGUCCAUGUCCGUCUACUGCUCCCCGGCCAAAGCCUCGCGGGCCGCCGUGGGCAACAAGAUGUUCGUCAAGGGUGCCCCCGAGGGCGUCAUCGACCGCUGCAACUACGUCCGGGUGGGCACCACGCGGGUGCCCCUGACGCCGAUGGUCAAGGAGAAGAUCCUCACCAUCAUCAAGGAGUGGGGCACCGGCCGCGACACCCUACGCUGCCUGGCCUUGGCCACCCGCGACACCCCCCCCAAGAAGGAGGACAUGGUCCUGGAGGACUCCACCAAAUUCGCCGAGUACGAGACGGACUUGACCUUCGUGGGCUGCGUGGGGAUGCUGGACCCGCCCCGUAAAGAAGUGAUGGGUUCCAUCCACCUCUGCCGGGACGCCGGCAUCCGGGUCAUCAUGAUCACGGGCGACAACAAAGGGACGGCCAUCGCCAUCUGCCGCCGCAUCGGCAUCUUCGGCGAGGACGAGGAGGUGACGGGACGGGCGUACACGGGCCGGGAGUUCGACGACCUGCCCCCCGCCGAGCAGCGGGAAGCCUGCCGCCGCGCCUGCUGCUUCGCCCGCGUGGAGCCCACCCACAAGUCCAAGAUCGUGGAGUUCCUCCAGUCUUUCGACGAGAUCACCGCCAUGACGGGCGACGGGGUGAACGACGCGCCGGCGCUGAAGAAAGCCGAAAUCGGCAUCGCCAUGGGCUCGGGGACGGCGGUGGCCAAGACGGCGUCCGAGAUGGUCUUGGCCGACGACAACUUCUCCACCAUCGUGGCGGCGGUGGAAGAGGGCCGGGCCAUCUACAACAACAUGAAGCAGUUCAUCCGCUACCUCAUCUCCUCCAACGUCGGCGAGGUGGUCUGCAUCUUCCUGACGGCGGCGCUGGGUUUGCCGGAGGCCUUGAUCCCGGUCCAGCUCCUUUGGGUCAACCUGGUGACGGACGGGCUGCCGGCCACCGCCCUCGGCUUCAACCCCCCCGACCUGGACAUCAUGGACAAGCCCCCCCGCAGCCCCAAGGAGCCCCUCAUCAGCGGGUGGCUCUUCUUCCGCUACUUGGCCAUCGGGGGGUACGUGGGUGCCGCCACCGUGGGCGCGGCGGCGUGGUGGUUCCUCUACGCCGACGAUGGUCCCGGCGUCACCUACCACCAGCUGACCCACUUCAUGCAGUGCACGGAGCACAACGUGGAGUUCGAGGGCUUGGACUGCGAGAUCUUUGAGUCGCCGGUGCCCAUGACCAUGGCCCUCUCCGUCCUGGUCACCAUCGAGAUGUGCAACGCCCUCAACAGCCUCUCCGAGAACCAAUCCCUGCUCCGCAUGCCGCCGUGGGUCAACAUCUGGCUGGUGGGCUCCAUCUGCCUCUCCAUGUCCCUCCACUUCGUCAUCCUCUACGUCGACCCGCUGCCCAUGAUCUUCAAGCUGACGCCCCUGGACCUGCCGCACUGGUUCAUGGUGCUGAAGAUCUCCUUCCCCGUCAUCCUGCUGGACGAGGCCCUCAAGUUCGUCGCCAGGAACUACCUGGAGGCCGACGCCGAGGACACCCGGAAGAAGCGGAAGUGACCCCGGGGUCCCCCCCCCGCCUCCGGAGCUGCUCGGCCCCCCCCCACGGCGCCGUGGGGCACCCCAUAGC